AUGAAAUGGAAGACUUAUGAUGCUGUUGUUGGAGACGUCACCAUACUAGCAGAAAGAUUGCAAUAUGUAGAUUUUACUGUGCCAUAUGCAGAAUCAGGAUUGUCAAUGAUAGUUACAGAAAAGUCCAAAGAAUCAACAUGGAUGUUUAUGAAGCCUUUCACCUGGCAAAUGUGGGUGGCAACUGGUGCCAUGUUGAUUUACACAAUGUUAGUAGUGUGGUACCUGGAGCGGGAACCCAAUCCAGAGUUUCAUGGCAAUUGGAGAAGUCAGAUCAGCACUGCUCUUAUGUUUACGUUCUCCUCUCUAUUCUUUGCUCAUAGGGAGAAAAUCUACAGCGACUUAUCUCGUGUGGUGAUGGUAUCAUGGCUAUUUCUAGUGUUGAUUCUUAACUCAAGCUACACUGCCAGUCUUUCUUCCAUGCUCACAGUUCAACGACUGCGACCAAAUGUAACAGACAUGGAGUACCUGAAGAAGCACAACAUGAAAAUUGGUUGUGAUGGAGAUUCAUUUGUUAGGACAUACUUAGAGAAAGUCAAAGAAUUCAAGCCAGAAAACAUCAUAAACAUUAGUGGUGAAGAUCAUUAUGCAUGUGCAUUCAAAAACAACUCAAUAGCAGCGGCUUUUCUCGAACUCCCUUAUGAAAAAGUUUAUAUCAGUGAACACUGCACAGGGUACUCUGCCUCUGUACCUACCGUCAAAUUUGGAGGACUUGGAUUUAUGUUCCAGAAAGGCUCUCCAGUGGCUAGAGAUGUUUCUAAAGCUAUACUGCAGCUCUUAGAGCUGGGAGAAUUGAAGAAGUUAGAAGACAAAUGGUUGAACCAUCCAGGUGCGUGCUCCAACAAAUCCACCUCCGAAAGUACAGAAAGUUUGAGGCUUGGAAGCUUCUGGGUUCUGUACGUGAUUUCUGGUGCCACUUCUACUAUUUGUUUCCUACUUUAUACUAUCCAGCUGAAAUAUAGUCAAACAUCCCAAGAUGAGGUACAAGAACAACGUAAUGACAACUCAGGUGCUCAAAGCCCAUGGAAAAAGGUAGUGAUAAUUGUUAAGCAGAUUUACAGCAGAAAGUAUGCACCACAGACAACCAUACAAAAUCAGGCAAUGGCUCCAUAAUUGCCACAUAUCAUAACGGUGUCUCCACCAGCAACGGUUAGCUGUUGAUCAUCUAGCACAACCAAUAACCAUAUUUUUCAUCCAACAUCUAGGGAAGUAACAUAGGAAGGAAGCACAUAUUAACCUGCUUCCGUACCUUGAUAACUUUAUCAAGGAUUCUAAUAAUAACAAAACCGUUACUGAACUUCAGAAUAACAGUUAUAUGAACCUUGUAAAUUGCUUAUUGU